ACACGGUUAGCUAGUGGCCCUCACUCGCCAGCAGCCUGUAGUUUUUUUUAUUUUUACAACAACGACAAUGUUCACUCGGUGAUCAUAGAAGCCAAAAAGCAUCGCAGCUGAACAUCAUUCCUUCGCCAUUUGUAUCAUUUGACAUUCGAAACCAUGGAACAAUCUGCCCCCAAAAGCAAGCUGAAAAAGCUGAGUGAAGACAGCUUGACCAAACAACCAGAGGAAGUGUUCGAUGUCCUGGAAAAACUUGGUGAAGGUUCCUAUGGCAGCGUGUUCAAAGCCAUCCACAAGGAGUCGGGACAGGUUGUGGCCAUCAAGCAGGUUCCUGUGGAGUCUGAUCUGCAAGAGAUUAUCAAGGAGAUUUCUAUCAUGCAGCAGUGUGACAGUCCCUAUGUGGUAAAGUACUACGGCAGCUACUUCAAGAACACAGACCUUUGGAUUGUCAUGGAGUACUGCGGGGCGGGCUCCGUCUCUGACAUCAUCAGGCUGCGCAACAAAACGCUGACAGAGGACGAGAUCGCCACCAUUUUAAAGUCGACACUCAAGGGUCUGGAAUACCUUCACUUCAUGAGGAAGAUUCACCGCGACAUCAAGGCUGGGAACAUUCUGCUGAACACGGAGGGACACGCCAAGCUGGCCGACUUUGGAGUGGCCGGACAGCUGACGGACACCAUGGCAAAGAGGAACACUGUGAUCGGAACGCCUUUCUGGAUGGCGCCGGAGGUGAUCCAGGAGAUCGGCUACAACUGCGUGGCCGACAUCUGGUCCCUGGGCAUCACGUCCAUCGAGAUGGCCGAGGGCAAGCCCCCCUACGCCGACAUCCACCCCAUGAGAGCCAUCUUCAUGAUCCCCACCAACCCUCCGCCGACAUUCCGGAAACCGGAGCUGUGGUCAGACGACUUCACGGACUUUGUCAAGAAGUGUCUGGUAAAGAACCCGGAGCAGAGAGCCACUGCCACGCAACUCUUACAGCACCCGUUCAUCAGUCAGGCCAAGCCGGUCUCCAUCUUGAGGGACCUUAUCACCGAGGCCAUGGAGAUGAAGGCCAAGAGGCAGCAGGAGCAGCAGAGAGAGCUCGAAGAGGAGGAGGACAACUCUGAGGACGAGACCGAGGUGGACUCUCACACCAUGGUGAAGUCCGGCUCGGAGGGUGCGGGCACCAUGCGCGCCACCGGCACCAUGAGCGACGGCGCGCAGACCAUGAUCGAGCACGGCAACACCAUGCUGGAGUCCGACCUGGGCACCAUGGUCAUCAACAGCGACGACGAGGAGGAGGAGGAGGAGCAGGGAUCCAUGAGGCGGCACGCCGCCCCGCAGCAGCCCAUGCGCCCGUCCUUCAUGGACUACUUUGACAAGCAGGACUCCAACAAGGCAGCCCAGCAGCAACAGAAGCAGCAUCAACAUCAGCAGCACCAGCAGGAGAACUACAACCACAACCAGCCUCAGGAGAAGCCCGGCUACCACGUCCCGUCCAAGAACAUCUUCCCCGACAACUGGAAGGUGCCACAGGACGGAGACUUUGACUUUUUGAAGAAUCUGGACUUCGAGGAGCUUCAGAUGCGACUGAGCGCUCUGGACCCCAUGAUGGAGCGCGAGAUCGAGGAGCUGCGACAGCGCUACACGGCCAAGCGCCAGCCUAUCCUCGACGCCAUGGACGCCAAGAAACGGCGGCAGCAGAACUUCUAAGCCCGGUGAAACGCACGCAUGUAAAUAUUACAAGUGGUAUAGGUUUGGGGAGGAAGCAACGUUCAUGACCAAAGACGAUCAGAAAUUGUGUUGCCUUAAAUGAGGGAGGGGGCAGGCCUUUUCCUCCCAGUGGCCGUUUUAGUUUGCAUAAGUCCGCCUAAAUCGAUGAAGACCACACAUUUCAGGAUUCGAUUGAUUCAUUGUCAAUGUUACGUCGUCUUUUAAGAUGAUCUUCGGUCUCGGUGCCUCAGAAAAGAUUACUCACGCAAGCCUCGUUUACACGGACAAUGCCCCCCCCCCCCCCCCCCCCCCCCAUCAGAGUCUUAACGGAACACUCAAAAUGUAACAAAAGACCUGGCAGUCGUCUGGAGUCCUUUGCCUUUUACGCAGGACUCAGCCAAGACGUGUCCUUGCCGCAAUCGUUUGUUUUCACACUACACCAGAGAAGAUAAAUGAUCAUUGUAGAACUGACACUCAAUAACGGAGAAUUAAGCAUUGUACAUUUCAACACCAAAAAGUGACAAACGUAUGCUACCUUAAUGCUAACCUAUAAUGUGCAACGCCAAAAACGCGUCGGUGGAAAUUUGCAUUCAGUCAUUUUAAACUUUCAAACAACUGCUACUUAAACACACACAGAGCAGCAACACAUACAAACAGAACAUACAACAAAGGAGAAUGAAACAUUGCAUAUUUAAACACCAAAAUAUAUAUUAAAAAAACAAAAAAAAAAAAAGCCCAUGUCAUUUCAAAGACGGUAGUCCUCUAUCUUAUGCUAACACAUAAUGCGAAACGCCAUACACAGGCUAGCUCAAUUUAGCAUGUACGUCGCGGUAAUUCUAAACCUUCGAACAACCUGCUCAACAUUUUUCGAGUAUGACCUGAACGCAACGCGGCGGAAGUUGACAGGCGUCGUCCCGCCUCCGUUUACGGUUCUCAUACGACCUCCAAAGCAGCAAAGCGAGAGGCUUAACUGUUCGCUACCACGUUCAGAUUGCCCAUUAUUUUUCCUGCAUUUGAAAUUGCUUGGAUGGCAAGUGUACUGUAAUGUACUGAAGGAAGCCGACACUUGAACGCCACUCGUUGAUGACGUUUGUUUUCAUUAGAUUUUUGGGGGGAAACGAGCCUUUUGAAUGCAACAGCGUGAACCAUUUGCAGGUUCCACGUGAAUGUUAACACACUUAACAAACCUGUUACACUAUUUAAAUAAUUAUCUUCAUACUACAUUCAUUCGGCUUGUGUCCAGACAUUGGUCAAAAGUUUAGGAGGGGGUUUAUUUUUGGGUUUUCUGGACCACAUCUCACACUUAGUUUUUUUAUUGUAUUUUUUUUAUUUAUUGUUUCUCACAUUUCUUUUAGUGACACUGGUUUGAAUAUAGAAGCUAAAAUAAAAACAUUUUGUUCACAACAUAUGUGUAUGUAAGGACAGUUUAAUAAAAAGUGUACAGUUACAGUGUGAGAAAAGCAGGUAGUAUUACAGUGAUUGUUUAACUCAAAUCACUUUUUUCAUUUCACCACUAAAUCAUGUUGAUGCAGAUCUGUACGUCCGAACCGAUUAAUUUAUUACCUUUUCUUUGUUUGUUAUAAUCUUUUGUAUAAAGUGCAUGGAAUAAUAAAAGUUACUUUUAGUCAAG